UUCUUUAAAUUAUCACAUGGAAGGAAGAAAGAAGUGGGAUUCCUAUUUUAAGGGCCAACUUUCUAUUAUAAAACUUCCUAUUGUGGGAGGGAAAGUGUUGGGAGGUGAUAUGGGGAGGCUCAGUUUUGGGAGGGUUGUAGACUCCCUCUGUCUUUCUAAUGGCUCAAGCUCUUGUUUCUGCACAAAUUCCUUGGAAAACCAAGAUGAGUACUUUGAGACAAAGCCACUGGUGGCAAGUGAAGGUGGCCAUUUGUUGAGAUUGAAAGAUGUUCUAGCAGAACCCCAGACCCUGGCUUUCCAACUAAAGCCCAAGACGGUGGUGCUGAGGGUGUCCAUGCACUGCAAUGGUUGUGCAAGAAAAGUUGAGAAACACAUCUCCAAGAUAGAAGGAGUGACCUCGUACCAAGUAGAUCUGGAAGCCAAGAUGGUCGUUGUCACAGGCGACAUUGUUCCUUUUGAAGUGUUGGAGAGUGUUUCCAAAGUCAAGAAUGCUGAGCUCUGGACAAAAGAUGAUGAAGCUAGACAACCACAAUAUUCUACUCUGUCCCCAUCUCCCCACAAGGAAAAUUAAAAACCCAUUUGUAGUUGCCUAAACAAAAUUAGUACACCUCCAUACUUUAUUUCUAGCACACCCACAAAGGAGAAUUUCGAUAUUGAGAUUCCUUUGUGUAAGCUUGAUUAUGUAGCCAGUUGUAUAGAACGAAGGGGCCCCUGAUGCGCCCUUGAUUUGAGUCGGGUGUCGUCCCGAGCUCAAAAACUUAAUAUGAAUCGUUCACUAUUUUGGAAAAUUCAAGUCGAUCGGGCAAUGGUUGCUUACUGAUUGAACCAAA